AUGUCUUCCUCUGCGGAAACUGCACAUAAUGAGGUUUCAUAUACUAACCGGUUCAUACAUCACAUUUCAGAAGCUAUAGAGAAUGAUAUGAACGAUGAUGUUGUUCAAGUAGAGAAAUUUAAAUAUGAACAAGAGCUUACAAAGAACUUGACGAUAACGUCUGUGAUAGGGUUAGGGUUUGGAUUAAUGAGCGCGCCGUUAAGUUUGGGUACCACGAUGAAUAUUGGACUACUAGACGGUGGUCCUGCUACGAUAAUGGGUGGAUAUAUGAUUGUAUAUGUAUUUUCAGUGCUUUGUGCUUUGUCAUUAGGUGAAAUAACCUCCAAAUAUCCUAUUGAACUUCAUGGCGGUGCUGCUAUAAUAGCCAAACCAAAAUAUAGUCUAAUAUGCUCAUGGUUUACAGGGUUCUUUUUGCUAAUAGGUAACUGGACUAUGAGUACAAGUAUAACGUUUGCUGGUGCUCAAUUCAUGUUGUCCGUUAUUGGGAUUUUGGAUUCAAAUUAUGAGACAGAUGCAGUUUUAACAGUUGUUGUUUUUUACAUUGUUGUUACCAUUUGUGGGCUAGUCAACCUUAAAUUUUCACGUCAUCUUGAAUUGAUUAAUAAAAUCUGUGUCUAUUGGAUUAUUUAUGCUAUCCUAUUGAUUGAUAUUUUACUACUUUUAUUCUCUCCAAAAUAUCACAGUUUAAAAUACAUCUUUACUUUUUUUGAUAAUUCAAGAUCAGGAUGGCCAGCACCGAUGGCUUUUAUAAUAGGUUUCCAACAAGCAAAUUUCACAUUACAAGGGUUUGGUAUGCUUCCAGCUAUUAGUGAAGAAGUUAAGAAUGCAGAAAGAACUGUCCCUAAGGGUAUGACACUAGCUGUUCUAUUAGCUGGUGCCUCUGGGUUCAUUUUUUUGAUACCCAUUCUAGCCGUUUUACCAGAUAUAUCACUACUCGUUGAUCAGAACAAAAGUAUCAUGCCUAUUGUGUUGAUUUUCAAGUUGGCUACAAACUCAAUUGUUGUUUCAUUCUUUUUGGUUAUUAUGAUUAUGGGUAAUCUUUUGUUCUCAGGGAUUGGAUCAAUUCAAACUUCAUCAAGAGCUGUUUUCAGUAUGAGUAGAGAUGGUGCUUUACCUAUGGGUCAUAUUUGGACUUAUGUUGAUCCCAAAUCAGUUUCAAAAGUUCCAAAAAAUGCAGUUCUAUUAUCAAUGGGUGUUUCAUAUUUCCUUGGUCUUUUAUCAUUGAUUUCAACUGCAGCUUUUAAUGCAUUUGUCGGUGCAGCUGUGAUUUCAUUAUGUGCCGCAGCUUUAAUACCAAUUGGUAGUCUGGUUCUUGGAGGUAGAAGGAAAGUCAGAGGUGCAGCCUUCAAACUGAAAUAUGUGGGAUUUAUCAUAAAUAUCAUUAGUGUUCUUUGGUUGUUAUUUACCAUCUUUGUCUUGAGUUUACCACCACAAUUACCUGUUAGCGGCACUAGCAUGAAUUAUGCUUCGUGUGUCUUUGUCUUGUUUGUCAUUUUGGUUUCGUUGUUGUGGUUUGUAUGGGGUAAAAAGAAUUUCCAUGGGCCGCUUGUUGAUCAUGAGCAUAAUGAAAGAAUUUUGAACCAUCUGGAUCAUACCAAAAAUUGGAUGAACAAAAAUUCCACAAACUUGAUUCCGAAAGUUUUGAAAGAGAAGGCGGUACUGCAACAACUUAUGAAACUACUACAACUACAAGCUCUGCUAACGAAACGGAAAGAGCCAAAUUGA